AAACUGGAUCUUUAUGGAACAUUUUUCGCGAAGAUCAAGGGAAAGUGAAUCCGCGCAGUGGGGGAUGCCCCGCACGCCGCUGCCAUCGGGGGCCGCCGCGCCUCGCCCGGCCUGAGCGCCCCGCGCAGCCCCGCGCUGCCCCGUGCUCCCUUCAUGCCGCAGCCGCCCCGAGACGAAGCCAGGAGCCCCCCGCUGCGCCCGCUGCCCCCCGGCCGGCAGUGAAAUGCUCCAGGAGAAAAGCCUGUCUGAAACCGAGGAAGGGUUUCCAACAGCCCCCGCACCCGGCCAUGCGGACUCCUCCGCGGGCUCCCCCGUCCUCGGCGUAGCCGGGGGCAGCAGCACUCCGCUCAGCAGCCCGCAGCUCCCCGACCCCGAGCAGACGAUAGAAAACAUCAAAGUCUAUCUCCACGAGAAGGAGCUAUGGAAGAAGUUCCAUGAAGCGGGCACCGAAAUGAUCAUAACCAAAGCAGGCAGGAGGAUGUUUCCGAGCUACAAGGUCAAGGUGACUGGAAUGAACCCCAAGACCAAGUACAUUCUGUUGAUUGACAUCGUCCCAGCUGAUGACCACCGGUACAAAUUCUGUGACAAUAAAUGGAUGGUGGCUGGGAAGGCAGAACCGGCCAUGCCGGGCCGGCUGUAUGUGCACCCUGACUCGCCUGCCACUGGAGCGCACUGGAUGCGGCAGCUCGUGUCCUUCCAGAAGCUGAAGCUCACCAACAACCACCUGGAUCCCUUCGGGCAUAUCAUCCUCAAUUCAAUGCACAAAUACCAGCCACGGCUGCACAUUGUGAAGGCAGAUGAGAACAAUGCUUUUGGCUCAAAGAACACGGCCUUCUGCACCCACGUGUUUCCAGAGACAUCCUUUAUCUCGGUGACCUCCUACCAGAACCACAAGAUAACUCAGCUGAAAAUUGAGAACAACCCCUUUGCAAAGGGAUUCAGGGGAAGUGACGACAGCGACCUGCGCGUGGCACGGCUCCAAAGCAAAGAAUACCCAGUGAUUUCCAAAAGCAUCAUGAGGCAGAGAUUGGUGUCCAGCCAUGGCCAGCUCUCGACCAAGCCAGAUGUUAACCCGCUCCAUGGCAGUCACCAGACCCUACAACACUAUCAGUAUGAGAAUGGUGCUCACAUGCAGUUUGCAGCCUCAGAUACUCAAGACCUGUCACUCAACACCUUCACAGCACAGAGAGAUUCAGGGCUCUUCUAUCACUGCCUGAAGAGAAGAGAAAGCGCGCGGCACCUGGACCUGCCCUGCAAGCGCUCCUACCUGGAGGCCUCCUCAUCAGUGGGUGACGAUCACUACUUCCGCUCCCCACCACCCUACGAGCAGCAGAUGCUGAGCCCGUCCUACUGCAGUGAGGUGGCCCCGCGGGAAGCCUGCAUGUACUCUGGGUCAGGGGCUGAGAUCGCGGGUGUGCCGGCAGUGGAUGACUUGCCACCUCCGCCUCCCCCGCUGAGCUGCAAUAUGUGGACUUCAGUCGCACCUUACACCAGCUACAGUGUUCAGACAAUGGAAACUGUGCCCUACCAGCCCUUCCCAGCCCAUUUCACAGCCACCACCAUGAUGCCGCGGCUCCCUUCUAUCGCAGGGCAGGGCUCGCAGCCCCCAGGGAACAGCCACUUCAGCGUCUACAACCAGCUGGCCCAGUCUCAGGUUCGGGAGCGUGUCCCCCCAUCAUCAUUCCCAAGGGAAAGAGUGCAUCCGUCCGUGUGUGAGAGGAAGCCACCUUCCCCACACCUCAACGCUGCCAAUGAGUUCCUCUACUCCCAAAGCUUCUCCUUGUCGCGAGAGUCCUCGCUGCAGUACCAUUCAGGAAUGGGGACGGUGGAGAACUGGACGGACGGGUGACUCCGCGGGCCCAGCGGUGCCGCAGCUCGCAUUACCGCUCCGGGACGGUGCUAAGGCAGCGUUAUACCUGUGGGUAACUUGCACUUGGGUGAGACGAGCAUGCAUUUCCCAGGGGCGCCGUGUGUGUGGGGAGCGCCCAUCUCUGGGCACACUGAGAAUUACGGCUCCUGGAUCCAUCAGCCUCUGACUGACUUCCGAAUGAAUUAAUUCUCACGUCUUCAUUACCGAUCUGGUAGAAACCAUCUUCUAGACUAAUGAGUGAAGUUGUCUGUCAUUCGCUUUUGCCUGUAACAGUAAGCAUCCGUGAGCAAAUUUCGACUUUUUGGGAAAAGCACGAGCUUCACUUAUAUGGUACUCAGUUCGUGAAGUCACAGAAUCCCCCAAACCAAAGGAAGAAGUGAUCUGUUGGGCUGUGUAGCUCCAGGACUGCUGUAGCAGCACGUGUUAGGCUCUGUCCACCUGCAGAAAUUCCCUUUCCUCUGAGGCCAGUGGUGAGGUGCCAUUCCAAACUCCAGGCGCAGCGCAGAGAGGAGAAGCUCCGGUGCGCAAAUGUCCCUUCUUCCCCCAUUGACCGUGGCUGUGGGAGACCGAGAAGUGAAGCAUUACGCCCCGGGCCAAAUAGCAAAUUAAUUGCAGCAUUAGGAACAGACCCAGCGUCUUCAGACUCUGUUGAUUAAAUCACACUUGCUUAUUGCAAUAUAUUUAUGAAGUUUAAGCUUAAAAGUCGCUAAUACUUUCCAGAAAGGGUUUCUGUAUUUGCUGGUCCUUCAUUUCUUUUGCAUUCAGCUGAAACGCGCCUUUUGUGCUAUGUGUUUUUUUUUCUUUUGCAGCUAACUCGGAAAGAGUUGUUUUCAGCAUAAAGGAGGCAUAGAGAAGCGGUUCUUAAUUGUGGGGUGGGAGCGGGAGGAGUUCCCAUUGCCUGUCAGGCUUUACAGUGUACAGCUAUUUGUAGAGCAGGUAAAAAUCUGUGACCAAUGUAUAGAUUGCUACCAUUUCUUACCGUGGAAGUAUCUUGAGCUGACUCCAUCCGUGCUGACUUUGCCUACAGAGUGCCUCCAGGAGGCACUGAGAAUCGCUGAGCCGACUCAUGUGGGAGGAAGCUGUGCUCCUUAUGGAAAAAACUCCCUCUGAUUGCACCUGAAAAGCCCUGCAGCAGGGACUGCGUCCUCCUCUGUGCUGCUGAGGUGCACAGCAGAGGUGCUGGGAGCUUUUUCCACUAAAAAGCGCAGUACUGAAUCUUUAGACAUGAACAGGGGGGUUGGGUUUGUGCUUCCCACCCCCUGCUUCCCAACUGGGCAAAGGCAAAAGGCUGAAAUACAUACUUGGAAGUCGGGAGGCACUUCUGCAUUUGGAUGAAUCCAUUCCAACCAAUAGAGGCUGAUGAAUGAGGACGGUUGCUCGCAGUGAGGCAGCCCUGAGGCCGCUGCCAUGGAGGUCACGCUCCCACCUGGACAACCUGUACACACAUUCAGCAGACAGUGUGUGACUGGUGUGCAUUUUGUAAUCAGAUUUUCAAAAUCACUACAAUUUUUGCAUGCUGAAUAGCUAUUUAUAUACAUAUAUAUAUAUUAUAUAUAUAUAAAUAUAUAUAUAUAUAUCACAAAUGCAGGCCACGUGUCCAAUUCAGCUUUGCUUUUUACAAAUGAAAUACUUAAUAAAAAUGAAUGUUGCAAGGUUUUUUUUUUUUUUUUUUUUGGAAAGACAUCUAUUUAAGAUUUUUUUUUUUUUUAAUUACACACCUUCGAUGUAAAAACUAAGAAUUGGUUAGAUAAAAAACAUAUAUACUACAGAUAAAUUUUUAUUAGAAACCACGUUAGAUACAGGUGGUGUGGAAUUUUCAACUGUUUGUUACAUAGCAUGGACAUUUUAUUUUACAUAUCAGAACAUAAAGUCAUUUUACUACUA